UUAGGGGGAUUUCCCCGGAAGGAGAAAUCGCUUGUCUCAAUUUACGAAUAUUACUCUCAUGUUUGUUUUAGAAUUGAUGUUACAGAAAUGUUCCGAAAGAGUAUCAUUCCGAUAGUUUCAUCAGUGUCUCUCGGGAUUGGUGUUCUAGCUGGCACAAAGUUAGAACGAUGGACACAAUCUGUGAACAAGGAGAGAAAAAUUCUGCCAUGGUUCCCCUCUGUUUUGGCUGUGAAGCUCGACGAUGUCGGUACCCCAGUGCAAGAGUCGGGAGGGAAGCCAUCGUCAGUCAUCCCCGUGAAUAGAUCACAGGAGAUCAUGAGAUUCGGCUUUCCUGGAUUUGACCAAGUUCGAACGUUUGAUAAUUAUGUGAUGUCGUAUGAUAGACGUAACAAGAACGCCCACUGGGUGUUCGAACACCUCACGCCUCAAAAUCUCGCAUACGACGAAUCGGUGAAUCGGCGGAACUCUGAAUUUAGGGAGGAUUCCUCCAUUCACCAGUAUUUCAGAUCUACAAACUAUGACUACAGAAGAACACCCUAUGAUAAAGGACAUCUAGCGGCUGCACAGAAUCACAGAAUAUCACAGAACGCUUUGGACCAAACCUUUUUCCUCAGUAAUACAUCACCCCAGGUGGGCGAAGGCUUUAACCGCGGCGUCUGGAACGACCUGGAAAAGUACGUCCGCGCCGUGGCCAGAAACAACAGGAACGUGUACGUCUGCACGGGGCCCCUCUAUCUUCCCCGUCUGGAGGCUGACGGGAAAGUGUACGUCAAGUACGAAGUCAUAGGACAAAAUCACGUGGCAGUUCCCACUCACUUCUUUAAAGUGAUUGUCAUCGAGAAUAUGAUUGGUCAGUUUGAACUCCAGUCUUACGUCAUGCCCAAUCAGAUGCUUCCAGCGAACACGCCUCUCAAGCAAUUCUUCUGGCCUUUAGAUGCCAUCGAGAGGUCAGCUGGAUUUCUCCUAUUUGACAAGAUUCCCAGGAAUAUGUUUCAUAAAAUUAACAAUGUGAAGCGGUGAAUAUCAGUUACGAGGACUUGAGAACUGUGAUAUGUUAUUUGACAAGAUGUUAUUAAAGCGCUUGUGCAUGUGUGUGUCUGUGUGUGCCAGUGCGCGUGUUUGAUUGGGAAUUUAGGGGAGGGUAUUGCAGAGAAUUUUCAUAUUGCGAUAUAUUGCGAUGCGAAAGCAUGUAUUGCGAUAUGUAUUGCAAUAUAUUGCAUGAAGUAUUUUUAAACAAAAAAAAGACUUUAAAUCGA